UCUCCGUCCGGUUUCUCUCUUCCUCUCCCUCCCUCUCUCCCUAUCUCUCCUUCCCCUCUCUUGUAAUUCAUGUCUGGUUCUUCGAUCCACUGUCACUCCUUCCUAUACGUCUCCCCCACUCGAUAGUCUCUCGCUCUCUUCAACAGACUUUAUCUCGCGUCGCUCCUUCCUCUCACCAUGAUCUGAGCGUUUCGGCCGGAUCUCCUGCUUCUCCCUGCUGACGGUGGCGCUCUCCCCGCAGCCUUGUCCGGUCUUUUACUAUAUACCCGAUCGUGUCUUUUCCGUCUGAUCGAUCAUUUUUCUUCAUCCUCCCACGCGACCAUCCCCGGCAUUCCGACUUUCCCACGUGCUUCUGCAUCUUAUGUUCACUUUUAAAUGUCCAAUCUGAGUUCGCAUCGGAGCUCCCCUUCGCCUGAGCCCGUCAUGACUGACACCUGGGAUGACACGGCUCUCCCGCCCAUGAGCUCGAAACAGCUCAUCGUCAGCACUCGUCGUGCGCGCCCCGCCGAGACAUCACUGCUGUCCAGCACAUUGCGCGGCCCUUCCCGCCAGGGACCAACUGUGUCUGUCACCGCCGAGCCGCCGACCGUGGUUGUGCGCGGUUCCAGUACCCAUCGCCGUACUGGCAGCACGCUGAAGACCGUCAUGCGGAAGAUCUUCACGCGCAAGACGCGCGGGGACGAGAGCGUAUCUCCGCCCCCACGUGGAGGCAGCACCAGUCCGACCCUGGAACGAUCUCUACCGUCCCAUGCUCUAUUCUAUGGAUCUCGACAACAACACCAAGAAUCCCCCCCGCUGUUUACCCCGUCCAAUGGCACUGUCACCUCGUUUGCCGAAGCCCUGCAGAAGCUGGACUCGCACCCGCGACGCCGUCGUGCCACUCUUCCCAGUCUGAUUCUGUCGGAUGACGAGUCCCGCGGCGCGCUCGAAGCCGCCGUGCAGGGCCGGCCCGCUAGCAAGCGUGCCAACAGUCCCCAUGCUAAUAGUGACCCUCUUGAUGUCUGUCGUCGCCGGGAGCGCCAGCAGCUCAAGCGCCGGUCGCGGAGCGCUGCUGCCCUGCGAAGUAUGGGUCAGGAACACCAUCAUCUCAUGUCGCCUAUCCAAUGGCGCCGACGCAGCUUAGAGUCUUGCGCCGCAUCAACGGCCUUCGACGCACCUUCCGAGGCCGACCGUCCACCAACCAGGACUACUGUCGCCAGCGCCCCUGCGUUGCCCACUGAACCGUCAAUGCUGACUGAGGAACCAGCGGAGCCCGAAGGCACUGAACCUGAGGAAGAGGAGGAGGAGGAGGAGGCAGAGGCUGCCUUAGAGCCUGAGCCGGAGGCCGAUCCAGGGGUGGCUCCGACUGAUGUCGGCACGCUCGUCACAUCUCUGCGACAUGACGAGCAUAUCACCUUGGAGCAGCGGCUGAACAUUCUGGAAGUCAAAAUGAUCGAUCUGGAGUUUGCCAUCGCCCGUCUGCAGACCGACCGCAGUGAGACUCCUGCCGAACCCAGAAAGACCGCAUCGCCCGUCAAGCGACACCGUCGGAAACAAUCCUCUGGACCAACCCCCACGCCUCCACCGGUUCCUGCCCAAGAGAUUCCCCUUCCCGACCGCCCUAUCAGCACGAGCACUCUUCGUCCGAACCAACUCCAUCGCUCCCGUACCCUCCAAGGUCCUUCAUCGACCUCUCUUACCGACCCCAACACCAUCUCAGUCGAACAGUACAGCGCAUUGGUCAUGCUGCUGCGACGCGAACAGACCGCGCGACGCAAUCUCGAGCAGCAGGUUGCCGGUCUUCGCGAAGACAUGGAGCAGUUGACGCAGAUGGCGCGCGAGUCUAUGGGCUUGGGCAUGGGCCCGAUCUACCCCAUCCCGAUUUCGGACCUGCAGGACCUCCGACGUCUGCGCCCGAGCGGCGGGUUCUCGUCCAGCGAGUCCUCGCGGCCGGAGACAGUUGGGGUACCGGGCGAGAGCGACUCGGAGUGGGAGCGAAACGAGCUCUCGACCAACAAGCCAUUACCGGCCAAACCAAUACCGGAUAUGAUCUCGUCGCGGUGGUCACCGGGUCGACGGAUGGACCUGGGUGGGAUGAUAUGACUUGGACUGCGCUGUUCUCCUUUCUUAACGAUAAUAUAUUCAUGCAUGCGACCUACAUACCCGGGUAUUGCGAGUUGAUCGAUCACAGGUGAUUAUCGAUAAUGGUUGAUGACGAGUUCAACUUAUUUAGUGUAUAUAAAUUUCUAUUCUGGAGGCUAAAUACUUCAUCUUCAGCAGUGUAAAUAUCUCAUCUCUAGCAGUGUAAAUACGAGCACUUUUUAGCGUAUAGCGCAA